GCGCAUGCGCACGAGCGACCGCCGAGGACCGAGAGCCGCUGUAACGUUAACGGAGGAGGAGGCCACAAUGCGACUGGCGCUCGGGGCUCCUGCCUUGGUCCGCAUCUGUAAUGGCUGCGCAGACUGAUCCAGAGAACUCGUACUAUGCGCUCCUCUAGACCCGCACACAGAAGAGCACAAGCGGAGCCGUCUCAAAAUGAGCACCGGAUUCAGCUCGAGCUCCUGCCGCUUCGCGGAUUAUUUCGUGACCUGCGGUCUGGACACCGAGAGCGGCUUAGAACCAGACGAGCUGUCCGCUUUAUGCCAGUAUAUACAGGCUACUAAAUUCAGAGAUGUUGGCAGAGGAAAUUUGGCGAGUGCAGACGCAGGUGAGAAUUUUGAGCAGAGUCCACUGCGGAGAACUUUUAAAUCUAAAGUUCUAGCGCACUAUCCCGACAAUGUGGAGUGGAACCCGUUUGACCAGGAUGCUGUGGGCAUGCUCUGUAUGCCAAAGGGCUUGUCCUUCCGCACCCAGACAGACAUCCGUGAGCCCCAGUUCCACUCUUUCAUUAUCACGAGAGAGGACGGCUCCCGAACCUACGGCUUUGCCCUCACCUUCUUCGAGGAGGUGACGAGCAAACAGAUCUGCAGUGCCAUGCAGACGCUCUACCACAUGCACAAUGCAGAACAGUACGACAUCUUGCACACUCCACCCACACCUCGCAGUCCAGAAGACACCCGUUCCACCCCUCAACAACUGCACGCUGCUCCCUGCUUGUCUCGGCUGCAGCGUUUCAACUCCUACGACAUCAGCCGAGACACACUGUAUGUGUCCAAGUGCAUCUGUCUGAUCACACCCAUGGCCUUCGCCCAGGCCUGCAGAAGGGUUCUGGAACAGCUGCACCAGGCCGUCACCUCACCUCAGCCCCCGCCGCUGCCGCUGGAGAGCUACGUCUACAAUGUCCUCUACGAGGUCCCGCUACCACCGGCCGGGCGUUCCUUGAAGUUCUUGGGUGUAUACGGGCCAGUGGUGUGUCAGAGACCCAGCACGGCUGAGCUGCCCCUCUUUGACUUCCCCCUGCAGGAGGUGUUUGAGCUGCUAGGCGUGGAGAACGUGCUACAGCUCUUCACCUGUGCACUACUGGAGAUCCAGAUCCUUCUGUACUCGCAACAUUACCAGCGGCUGAUGACGGUAGCUGAGAGCAUCACAGCUUUAAUGUUCCCCUUCCAAUGGCAGCAUGUGUACGUGCCUAUCCUGCCCGCUUCACUGCUCCACUUCCUGGACGCUCCUGUGCCCUACCUCAUGGGUCUGCACUCCAACGGUCAGGAUGACCGCACCAAGCUGGAACUUCCCCAAGAGGCCAACCUUUGUUUCGUCGAUAUUGACAACCACUUUAUCGAGCUACCUGAGGACCUGCCUCAGUUCCCCAACAAGCUGGAGUUCAUCCAGGAGAUCUCGGAGGUUCUGCUGGCGUUUGGCGUAUCUUCAGAGGCAAACCCACAGUGCAGCGAGGGCCUGGGCAAGCUCAGGGGCUUCCGCUCGGGUGACAUGGCCUCUGACAAGCGCAACGGCAACCUGGCCGGCUCACCGCUCAACUCGUACUUGCUGAGAGAAAACCAAACCAUAGCUCGUCUGCAAGCGCUGGUCAAGAGGACUGGAGUCAGUCUGGAGAAGUUGGAUGUGAAGGAGGAUACGAGCACUAAUAAGGAUUCAAAAGUGCAGUGUGAUGAAGAGGAGAUGAAAAUGCAUCAGUUGAACAUUCGAGUGCGAGAGGUCUUUGCCAACCGCUUCACGCAGAUGUUCUCUGACUAUGAGGUGUUCGUCAUUCAGUCCAGCCAAGACAAAGAGUCCUGGUUUAGCAACCGAGACCAGAUGCAGAACUUUGACAAGGCCUCCUUCCUUUCGGAUCAACCCGAGCCUUACCUGCCGUUCCUCUCCCGCUUCUUGGAGACGCAGAUGUUUGCCUCUUUCAUCGACAGUAAGAUCCUGUGCCACGAUGACGAGGACAAAGAGCACACGCUGAGAGUAUUUGAUUCCCGUGUUGACAAGAUCCGCAUGCUAAAUGUCAGGACACCCACCCUGCGGACCUCCAUGUACCAGAAAUGCACCAAUAUUGAUGAAGCAGAAAAGGCCAUUGAGAUGAGGCUGUGUAAGAUCGACCACACGGCUCUGCAUCCCCACCUGCUGGACAUGAAGAUCGGUCAGGGCCGCUAUGAGCCGGGCUUUUUCCCCCGCUUACAGUCCGAUGUUCUCUCCUCUGGACCCACCAGCAACAAAUGGGCGAAGCGCAGUGCACCGGCACAAUGGCGGAGGAAGGACAGACAGAAACAACACGCUGAACAUCUCUAUUUGGACAAUGACCAGAGAGAGCAUGUGGAGUGUCUGUUUUCUGAGCUUCAGCUUCUGCUGGCUCUGGACUACUACUGGUUCUCGCAGUCCUUCAGGCCCUGUCUAAAGUCCGUCAAGGUGGAUGUGAAGUACAUCCAGGAGGCCAGGAACCUGGGCACCACUCUCCGCCAGCCCAAACUCUCCAACCUGUCACCUUCAGUCAUCGCACAGACCAACUGGAAGUUCGUAGAGGGACUGUUAAAGGAAUGCAGAAAUAAGACCAAACGCAUGCUGGUGGAGAAGAUGGGACGGGAAGCGGUGGAGCUGGGCCACGGGGAGGUCAGCAUCACUGGAGUGGAGGAGAACACACUCAUCGCCAGCUUGUGUGAUCUGCUGGAAAGAAUCUGGAGCCACGGUCUGCAGGUCAAACAGGGAAAAUCCGCCUUGUGGUCGCACCUCUUACAUUAUCAAGAGAGUAAAGAGAAGAGAGACGCUACUCCAGCAGGCCUUGGCCCUCCAGGUAUCAUUCAUGACACAGAGAGACGGAAGUCAGAUGCUGGCUGUGCAAUGCCACCUCUCAAAGUCUCUUUGAUCCAGGACAUGAGGCACAUCCAGAACAUCAGUGAGAUCAAGACAGACGUUGGGAAGGCCAGGGCAUGGGUGCGUCUCUCCAUGGAGAAGAAACUGUUGUCUAGGCACCUGAAGCAUCUUCUGUCUGAACAUGAGCUCACCAAGAAACUCUAUAAGCGCUAUGCUUUCCUGCGCUGUGAUGAUGAGAAGGAGCAGUUCCUCUACCAUCUCCUUUCUUUCAACGCUGUGGACUACUUCUGCUUUACCAACGUCUUCACCACGAUUAUGAUACCAUACCAUGUGGUCAUCAUUCCCAGCAAGAAACUAGGUGGCUCCAUGUUUACAGCCAACCCCUGGGUGUGCGUCUCAGGGGAGCUAGCUGAGACUGGGGUUCUGCAGGUCCCCAAAAACACCCUGGAGAUUACGUUUGAGUGCCAGAACCUGGGGAAGCUGACCACAGUACAGAUGGGCCAUGAUAACUCGGGACUGUAUGCUAAGUGGCUAGUGGAGUGUGUAAUGGUCCGUAACGGGAUCACAGGGCACACCUACAAGUUUCCAUGCGGCCGUUGGCUCGGGAAAGGAGUAGAUGAUGGCAGCUUGGAGAGGAUACUGGUGGGCGAAUUGGUGACUAGCAUGGAGAACGAAGACAGAAUGUGCCGGACUCCUCCAACGCAGCAAUCCCCUGGGAUGAUGCGAAGAUUUGUCACCAUUUCGCCAAACAGCAAACCAAAGUUAAACACGGGCCAGAUCCAGGAAGGGGUGGGGGAGGCGAUCAACGGUAUCGUCAAACACUUCCAUAAGCCAGAAAAAGAGAGAGGAAGCCUCACAUUGCUUCUGUGUGGAGAGUAUGGUUUAGUAUGGGCUCUUGAGCAGGUGUUUCAGCAUGGCUUCAAGUCACCGCGCCUUUUCAAGAACGUCUUCAUUUGGGACUUUUUAGAAAAAGCGCAGGUCUACUUCGAGAGUGCGGAACAGAGUCAGGUGACCCAGGAUGAGAACUGGCAGAUGAGGGUGCGUCAUUUCUGCCAUUUCAUGCGUGCCAUCAACAGCACACCCAGAAACAUCGGCAAAGACGGGAAGUUUCAGAUGCUCGUGUGUCUCGGAGCAAGAGAUCACCUGCUGCACCACUGGAUUGCGCUUCUUGCCGAGUGUCCAAUCACAGCACAGAUGUACGAGGACAUGGCGCUCUUAAAGGACCAUUCUCUGGUGAACUCUCUGAUUCGAGUGCUACAGACUCUGCAGGAAUUCAAUAUCACUCUGGAGGCCUCUCUCGUCAAAGGGAUCGGGAUAUAACGCCGUCUGAAUAAAGAACUAACACAGAUCAGCGGGACCAUGGACUAACUUUUUUUUACAUGGAGAGACUUGAACAAAAGGACUAAACCUGGUUUUACGUUAAAGCUACUGUCAUGUUUGCCAUAUAUUAAGUGCAAUGAGCCUUUUCAAACGUGUCAUGAUUUUUAUCAACAACGUUACUGACAUUCAAAUAUGUCUCCUAUUUUGAUCCAUACUUUUCACGAAAGGUGAAAACCCCCACCUGUGCUAUAGCGUUUUAUUGAAAGCUCAAUAUUUUUCGUUGUUGUGGACUGCUGACAAUGGCUAUAUUUAAAAGGAAAACAUGUAAGAAAGACCGCUAUUAUAUUUUCAAAGAAGAACAGUGUUAUUUUGAUAUGUGUCAGGUUGCUUGCUCUGUGCUCUAUUCUAAUCCAUACUGUCACAAUGCAGAGUUCGAAGCAAAUGAUUUAGAAGUAUGCUUUAUAAGUACAACUUUGGGGAAUUCAUAUUUUUACUUAAAGAAUGGAAAGAUGAGAAAAAUGGAAAACGGCUCUCUUUUGUAACAAUGCCAGGGACUUGUGUCAUUUCCCUCUAAAUGCAAAUCAGUUUAAAGGGACAGUUCACCCAAAAAUUACACUACCAGUCAAAAGUUCAUCGAGGCUAUUUGAAUUCAUUUUAAAAAUGUAAUUUAUUCCUGUGAUGGCAAAGCUGAAAUUUCAGCAGUCAUUACUCAAAUUUUCACUGUUCCAUAAUUCUUCAGAACUUCUAAUAUGCUAAUUUUUUUGCUCUGUUAUUUCAAUUAAAUGCUGUUCUUAUAAACGUUCUGUUCACUAAAGAAUCCUAUACAAAAAAAGGUUUCCACAAAAAUAUCAGGCAGCAAAAAAUGUUUCCAACAUUGAUAAUAAGAACCAUUUUUAUAGUUGAGAACCAGAAAUAAUUGAGCACAAAAUCAGCGUAUUAGAAUGAUUUCUGAAGGAUCAUGUGACAGUUUUUGUAAAAAUAAUAAAUUUUAAAAAUUGGUUACAAAUUACAAAGAAAACAGUUUUUAUAUUGUAAUAACAUUUUACAGUAUUGAUGUUUUGACUGUAUUUUUGGUCAAAUAAAUGGUGAGCGUAAGAGAUUCGUUUCAAAAACAAAAAACAUUUAAUUAUUUCAAACUUUUGACUGGUAGUGUACAAGUUGGUCAUCAUUUACUCAUCAUCCUGUCAUUUCUCCCCGUACAAUGAAAGUGAAUGGCAGCCAUAAAUGUCUGGGAAUAGAGCAGCUUGGACUUUCAUCUAAAUAUCUCCUUUUGCUUUCCACACAAGAAAAAGAGUGAACUGUCUUCUUGAGCUUAUUGUGAACCCCUAAAAUCAAAGAUAGGACUCAUGAAAGUGAUGCUCAGGCAUAUUUUACAAGAUGGACUGUAAAAACUAAAAACAAUCAGUGCAGAAAGGAUAAUAUUAUAAUGUUUCUUCAAUGCUUUCAAAGUACCGUAACAUUCCUCAUCUCUUCAGCCCUCAGGUCUCGACUGUGGCCAACUACAAUGCCAUAUCUGGAGUAGAAUUAAUUUGCGGCACAGUUGCUGUGUUUGUGUCCCUGUCCUUAGUUAACCCCAGCAUCCCCUCUGUUUCUGCUAUGCAAUAUUUACAGCUCCAAAAUGUUGUUAUUGAAUAUUGAUGAAAUAUCAUUCACCUGUUUUAGAGCGUAGCAUAAUUGGUAGGACAUAACUGGGAGAAGCACAUUAAAGGCUGAUAUUCAUGUGCCAAUUUCAUCAUGACUGUUCUGGUACCUGUCCAAACACAGCUGGCAUGAGCAUUCUGGGAGUUGUUUUUUCUUGUGUUUUAUCUCUUGAUACAUUUAUAGACAAAAGCAGUGUAAUGUAGUGUUAAAUAUCGAACAACUGUGUACAGUGUAUAGAAUGUAUUAAAGGUGGCAAUUCAAUAUGA